UGAAAAUGCCCCAAAUAAGUAGGCAAUAUCAUAAAUCUCUUUAUCUCAACUCCCUUCCCACUUCCCAGUACCCUCUCGUCAUUAAUAAUACUUCUCGCAUUCCGAACUCAAAUUCAAAGGCAGGAUUUUAUUUUUAAGGAGGGAAAACUAAAAUUUUCCAAAUUUUAUAAUCAGAAAAACAAAGAAAAAGAAGGGGAAAAUGUCAGGCAAAGGUGCAAAGGGUUUGAUCACCGGAAAAUCGUCGGCAAACAAGGACAAAGACAAGAAAGCUCCGACUUCCCGUUCUUCUCGUGCUGGUCUUCAGUUUCCUGUGGGUCGUGUUCACCGUCUGCUCAAGACUAGGGUUACUGCAAAUGGAAGGGUUGGUGCAACAGCUGCUGUCUAUACUGCAGCGAUACUCGAGUACCUGACGGCAGAAGUAUUGGAGCUUGCAGGAAACGCUAGUAAGGAUCUGAAGGUGAAGCGUAUCACUCCUAGGCAUCUGCAGCUGGCUAUCCGUGGUGACGAGGAACUCGAUACACUGAUCAAAGGAACCAUUGCUGGUGGUGGAGUUAUUCCUCACAUUCACAAAUCUCUUAUCAACAAGUCCUCCAAAGAUUAGAUCUUCUGGUGUUCGAUUUCUGCAUUUUCAUGCAUAACCCUCCAGAAAAAACGUGUUGCAGAGAAAAAAACUUGAUGCUGACAGAAACCCGUUUGUGAGUAGAUGCCCUUUUGUAUGUGUUUAAUAGUAUUUUUAGACUUUAGUUUAAGAUGUCAUAUUUCUCUAUCUAUUUAGUCUCAGAUAUCAUAUUGUCAUUCGGUUGGUUCAGUAUACUGUUAUGAAGUAUAAUGUUGAGAAUAUGGUCGGUUGAGUUGUCGUUGCCAUGUA